AAAGCUCAUGAACAGAGUAGCAGAAACAGAGUAGCAGAAAAAGAUGGAUCAUUUUGGGGGAGGAGGGAACUGGGCAAUGAUCCCCAACAUUCAGCCCCACAGUAAUCCCGCUACGCCCUCCAAUUCCAAUCAGGAUCAUCUGUUCCUUCAGCAACAGCAAUUCAAUCCACAACAGCAGUUUCACCAGCAAUUCAACCAACCUCAGCCGCCGCGCUUCCAACAGCAACAGCAAUCGACGCCGCCGCCGCAGCAGCAUCAGUCUCUCGCCUCCCAUUUUCACCUGCUCCAUCUGGUGGAGAAUUUAGCUGAAGUGACUGAAAACGGGACGAGGGAUCAGCAAACUGAUGCUCUGGUUAGUGAGUUGAACAAUCAGUUUGAGAAGUGCCAGCAGCUUCUGAACUCCAUUGCUGGCACAAUCAAAACUAAAUCCACUACUGUGGGAGAACAAAAGCGCAGACUAGAGGAAACCGACAACCUUCUGGCCGAACGAAGGGAUCUCAUUUCAAAGUAUAGGAAUUCGGUUGAGGAGAUCAUCAAUUCUCAGAUAUAAUUUCUAUGUGGGAAUGGCCUCAUUGUUAAUUAUGCAUUUCUUGACUGGAUAUUUGAUUUUUUCACGUUAUUGAUGAGUUUCAUAUAUUGAGCACGUAGAAAAUUGUAAUAUGCUAUUUUAUCUGUAAAUUUUUGGUCAUUUGUUGGGUUUUUUUCGUGAAGGGAAUACAUUUUGUUGGUUAUA